AUGGCCUCAGCCGCUCCUAUCGAAUUACUACCGAACGAGCUGCUUGAUGAAAUCAUCUACCUCCUCGCCUCGCCUCCCGCCUCAACAAACAGCUUGCAUCUACCCCCAAAUACUCAAAUUGCGAGGUCAUGGAGGCGCGAUCUGAAGAGCCUCUCCCUUACUUGCUCUCGCUUCUCUGCUCUUGUCCGACCUCUACUCUUCGCCCACGGCUGCUUCAACCUGAAAGAUACAGAUGAAUACCUCGCGUUCCUGUCCAAGUGGGAUUUAACCCGCUAUGUCACGUCGCUGGUGGUAGCAGAAAGUGGUGGCUACUAUAAACUCGGUUAUUCCGGGUGGUGGCGAACCCUGCUUUCUUCCCUCGUGCCGCGACGUCUAACGGUUGUUGCGUCGCCCUUGGCUAUUGGCAACUUGUUCGGGAUGAUACCACCGCAGGAGCAUAGCUGGGCGUUCCAAAUACCUCAUCAGGUCGUUCAACUAGAGCUCGAUGAGAACUAUCAAGCUCCCGUCUUAACAGAUAAGCACGCCAGUAUCUUAGAACAUAUACCUUGGACGUCCAUGGUCUUCAACGAGGCAUCCUCGCUGAAGGCAUACAACCACUACGAAUACUUCCUCUACCAAGUCCCUUCUAUCUUCCACCGCUGGAACGCCUGGGCCCUGAAACAUACCUUAUCCGGAGGACGCCAAAAUCAUUCGUCCUCCCCGCUCCAAAACCUAACAUCAUUCACUUAUAUCGCUGUCUUCCCCUUCUACAACCAUGUCCAGCGGGUCCUGGAUGCUGUGGUAAGCAUGAAGAAUCUUCAGACGCUGAAAAUCCAGUUGGGUCCUUGUCGGCUCGACCGGGCAACUGAGGUUGAGCAGCGAGGCUCCCUGGACCCGGGUGAUCCUUGGAUGGAACUUGCUACGGGGUACUCGCUCAUUGCGCAUGCUGUCCAGAACAUGGGGAGGAAGGGCCGUCUCGAGAAAUUCAUAGCGUGCGAUUAUCAGAUGAAGCCGGUGAGGGCUGAGAUCGAAGUUAUUCUUGGAGAAAUUCUACGUGAUGGGCCAUGGAUGCAUGACGGCCGUGGAACUUGGACGAAGAAGGCGGUUGAUGAAAAUGGCGAGUGUACAACGGUCGUCGAUGGCGUAUAG